CCGUCCAUCACCCAUUCCCUCCUCCUCGCUGUCUCUCUCCCACUCCCACUACAACACCUGAUACAGCUUCCAACAGAAAAUUGCACUGCUUCCUCCCACUACCACUCCCGACUAUCCACCUUCUCCGCAAUAUUUUCCCACCAACACCUUCAUCUUCAUCAAGACACUGUCAUUUCCCUUGCCUCGCCAACUCCUAAGUCGGACAACUGCCUGAUGUGCCUGGAAUCUCGUCCUUUCUGACGAGUUCGAGCACCCUUACAAGCCGACAACAUUUCUCCUCAAUCUAAGAAACGCAAGGCGGCGGAGACUGCUGAAUCUUCAGCACAUACAUCCAAGAGAUCGAGCAAGAGGAUCGACUCUACUGGCCUGAAGGAAGGACCUCCCACGCCACUGACAACCGCAACACCGAUGGACUCAGAAGACGAUUUCAUGUCUGGCCUGUCCAGCGAUGAUGACAUGCUCGACGAUCAGAGUGACAAUGAUGAUGAAUCGGUAGCCGGUACGUUGUAGUUUAUGCUGACUUGUGCCAUGAAGUCCCUCAUACUGACAAGGUUGUGGGUUCAACAGAAUUUGGCAUUGAUGAAUCCGAUCCCGAACUGGAUUUCUCGCACAAGAAAGAUACCAAGAAGAAGAAGACAUCCUUCGAAAUCAACUUCAAGGUCUACAAGCCCGAGGAUAUUCAACGCCAACAAGAUGAUCUCAUCGAUGAAGUCAAUAUGAUCUUGGACAUCCGGAAAGAGGACGCCGCGAUACUACUACGACACUUUCGAUGGAACAAGGAACGUUUAAUCGAGGAUUAUAUGGAUCGACCAAAGAAAGUCCUCGAGGCUGCGGGUUUGGGUCCAAGUACAACUGGCCCACCGAAACUCGAAGUUGUGCCCGAUUUCAUGUGUGACAUAUGCUGCGAGGACGAGCCUGGACUAAAGUCAUUUGCUAUGAAAUGUGGUCACCGUUUCUGCGCUAGCUGUUACAAUCAAUACCUGGUCCAGAAGAUCAAGGAGGAAGGAGAAGCAGCUCGAAUCCAAUGCCCUGCUGAUGGCUGCAACAGAAUAAUCGAUGCGAAAUCUCUGGACCUCUUAGUCGCCGCUGAUUUACAACAACGAUACCACGAAUUGCUUACUCGAACCUAUGUUGAGGACAAGGAACAUUUGAAAUGGUGUCCAGCUCCGGACUGCCCAAAUGCCAUAGAGUGUGGUAUUAAGAAAAAGGACCUGAUCAGAGUGGUACCAACUGUCGCCUGUGGCUGUGACUACAAAUUUUGUUUUGGGUGCAUAUUGGCAGAUCAUCAACCAGCUCCCUGUGAACUGGUGAAGAGAUGGCUCAAGAAAUGCGCUGACGAUUCAGAAACAGCAAAUUGGAUUUCCGCACACACAAAAGAAUGUCCAAAGUGCAACUCAACGAUUGAAAAGAAUGGAGGUUGUAACCACAUGACGUGUAGAAAGUGCAAACACGAAUUUUGCUGGAUGUGUAUGGGUCUCUGGUCAGAACACGGUACAAGUUGGUACAAUUGCAACAGAUUUGAGGAAAAGAGUAGUUCUGAUGCCCGUGAUGCGCAAACCAAAUCCCGGGUGUCUCUGCAACGAUACCUACAUUAUUACAACCGUUACGCAAACCAUGAGCAAUCAGCCAAACUCGAUAAGGAUAUAUUCAUCAAGACUGAAAAGAAAAUGGUGCAGCUGCAAUCUGCAUCAGGAAUGUCUUGGAUUGAAGUGCAAUAUCUCAACGCUGCUUCACACGCCCUGCAAGAAUGCCGACAGACGCUAAAGUGGACGUAUGCUUUCGCUUUCUACCUUGCUCGCAAUAACAUGACCGAAAUGUUUGAAGACAAUCAAAAGGAUUUAGAAAUGGCAGUAGAGGCUUUGUCAGAGAUGUUUGAGAAGAACGUGAAUGAGUUAUCAGAACCUAAGCUCAAGGUGGAUAUCAUGGACAAAACCUCAUAUUGCUCCAAGCGCCGAGAUAAAAUACUUGAACAUACGGCCGAAAAUCUCGCAAAUGGUGGAUGGUCAUGGUCAGUUGACUUCUGAUAAAGCUAUCCAAUGCUCUGAAAUAUGUCAUGUGCUGCUGAGGCGGCGAGAUGGGUUGCCUCUUGCACGGGGUAUCUUUCUGUAAAAACAGCAGCAGAGUAAUGCAAUCUCAACUCGGGGAGCGUCCAACACGAUUCCCCUCUUUUUUUCUUGAAGGUUCCUAUACAGUAUGAUCAUCCCUCAUCUUGUUCGGAAUUUUCCAUGGGGUCGCCUAGUUUCACUGAUUGCAUCAUACACCGGCGUUUUUUUCCCUUCUGCAUUCUUGCUGUUUAUUUUUUCAGUUCUUUGGUUGGUGCUUUGGCUUUUCUUUAAUUUGAUGAGAAUGGCGGGACAGAUGAUUUGAAGGAACGACUGAAAUGGAAAUGGAAUUUGAUUAGGGUGGAAUUUGGGAUGGAGUGACGGAGUGAAUGGGGGGUUUCUAUUUUUUUCCUCUCUUCUGUGUGUCACCAUACAUCAGGUGUUUGUGUGGACGAGAUAGAUAGUCACAUUGAUGCUUGAUGCCCAGAUUCUCGGGGGUUUAAGCGCGUAGAAUCUCUAGUAGAAAUGAGAAGCGAUUUUAAAU